GCAUCAUGUCGAAGCCGGGACGCCCAAAUUUGUCCCUGGCUGGCAAGCGAGAGGCUCCCGCUCAACAGAAAAAUAAUCGUGGAGGUUCUACAUCGACAAGAGGAGCUGGGAGAGGCCGUGGUGCUCGAGGUCGAGGAGCAGGUCCCCGUCCCAAGCAAGAGCUUAUACAAACUGGAGGAGUAUUUUCUGAAGGUCUAGGAGGCGAUUUCCCAUCUAGGAAGAAGGAUAAAGAUUCAGAUGCUUCGCAGUUUUCGUAUUCAAACCGAGAAAAAGGAAGCGGAGCGCCUUCUUCAUCAACUGGUGACCAUAACAAAGAAGGGAAAAAAGAAGAGAAAAACGUCGCAGGAAAAGCAUCUUUCGAAGGCUGGGAUGCUUUGUGGUGCAGUGAUGAUGAAGGAGAUAAGGAAGAACUCAAAGCACUGAUGCCACCACCAUUUAUCAGUGAUCUGAGAAGAGGAAACAUAAUGCCGGUUGUUUUGCCUUCUGAAGAUCAACCACAGUUUCUGAACAUCAUAAACAAAAGUGCACGCCUUUCAUUGGAAGAAGAUGAAGCUCCGAUUGAUGAGAAAAAGCCGCUUAAUACCGAAUCAGGGCCAAAAUCACGAAAAGCGACUCCUGAACAAUUGAUCAAUAUGUUAGAAGCUUCUUCUAGCGAUCUUCUUCAUCUCCAGCUUCCAUCCGUUAUCGGAUCUAUAUGUAAUAAUAUCGAAGCAAAUGUGGAAGCGUCAAUGGAAGUGGAUGAACCAGACAAUGAUGUUCCAACUGGAAUCGUCUCAGCUCCACCUCCACCAUCCGGUCUGCCACAAAACCGAAAAAUUGGAAAGUUGCAAGUCACUCGUAAAGGACGUAUGAUUCUGAAAAUCGGUGGGCAUUCAAUAGAUAUCACAUCAAAGCCAACUACUGGGAAGAAACAAGGAACUGUUCUUCUUGAAGUUGAUCCAAAUGCUGAUCAACUUCAAGCACCAUCCACAUUUUCUAGUGCUCCAGAAAUGAUUAAUUCGCUGUACCACCUUGGAAAUGUGAAGCAUAACCUGGUUGGAUCAAUGACCUGGGGAGCAUUGAAUGAAAAGUCGAAGCGAAUUGAUGACGCAGGAGAAAUAAACGACGUUGAAAUGAGAGAUGAUGAGGUUUCUGACGCAGUUGACGAAAAGAAAAUUGAGCAACUGGAAAAAGAACAGAGCAAAUGGGGAGCUCUCGCAGAAAAAUGGGCUACUGGCUUACAAACAUCAUAAUUUUAUAAUAAUCACUUUGAUAUUUACCAUCACCAAGUCGUUGUUGUUGUUGCCAAUUUAUUGUUAUCCAGUUUUUUUGUUCCAUUUCAUAUUUAUCACGUUUCAUCUUUUAGUAAAACAAUUUCAUUUUG